AUGAGUAUCGCAUUCUUGCUCGAUCCAUCGACGGAUAUAGAUGACUUCGUUGGCGCUGAUGAUGAAAAAGUUGAUGACCAGGUGUGUGAAAUGGCGAGGCGGUGUGGCUUGUUCACGCCAACCGUGGGCGCCCCCGCAUUUACUGCAGAGGUCCUUGCGUUUAAGAGUAAGAAGCGGCGGGGUGGUAAGGCGAUGCGUGAGAAGUAUUCAAUGUCAAGUCCGCGGGAUUACUGGGAAGGGAAGAAAUCUGAGCGAUACCCACUGCUUCAGAAGAUAGCACAAAUUGUGUUCGCGAUCCCUACUUCGUCGGCUGCAAGCGAACGGGCUUGGAGUAUCUUCGAUCACAUACACUCGAAGCGGAGGAACAGGCUCUCAGUGGCAAAAGUCGAGAUGCUUGCAUAUGUGUAUAUCAACUAUGGUACGAUUCGAAGCGAUUCGAUGGACCUUGCCCGUCACCAGUCGCGUCCAGAAAGUGUAGAUGCUGAUAGUUAA